AUGCUGGAGACCUGGGUGGCGAUCACGGACCCUGAGGAGAACGGCGAGGACGCAGACGCUGUGGACAGCCAGCGUCCCACCACGAGCGCCAAAGCGGAGCGGGCGGGGGGGCGGCGCGUCGCCGAAGUGGCGGGGGCCAUUCUGCGGUCGGAGUCGGAGGAUUCGGGGGUGGAGACGGAGAACGCGCCGUCCACCCCGGGGAGCCUGAGCUCGUUCUCUCAGGCGCACGGGGCGUGUGACCUGGGGGCGCCCUCCCAGGAGCCAGACCCCCCCACGCCCUCCCAGGAGCCAGACCCCCCCGCGCUCCUCUCCUCUCACUCCGCGCCCCCCCAGGAGUUGGACCCCCCCACGCCCCCACACGAGCCGGACGCCUCCGCCCUCCUCUCCUCUCGCUCUGCGCCCCCCCAGGAGCCGGACCCCCCCGCCCUCCUCUCCUCCCGCUCCUCGCUGGACACCGCGCUCUCCCAGGAGCCAGACCCCCCCGCGCCCCCCCAGGAGCCGGACCCCCCCGCGCCCCCGCCGUGCGUGAGGGUGGAGGAGGCGCUAAGGCGGGCCGCACAGACAGGCGAGCGGAUUCCUCGCAGAGCCGCGUCCUGCCAGCUCCCCGCCCCCCCACCCCCCCUCAGAGCCGCGUCCUGCCAGCGCCCCACCACCCCGCCCCCCCUCAGAGCGGACCCCCAGCUCCACGCGCCGGCACGGUUCCGCUGCCGCUCCCUGACCUCGCCGGCCAGAUCGGGUCAGAGGUCAGGGGAUUUAGGACUGAGAGCAGCAGUCCACCCUCCCCCCGCUCCUCAGGACACGCCGGAAUCGUCAGAGCUCUGCGACUUUGCAGAAGAGCCACAGCCCGGACCUCCACAGCCCUGCUCGAGCAUAACUGAGACCGACUCCCGUUCGCAGCUCGAGGAGGAGGCCGGCCUCCGCUCGUCUCUUGGAAAGGACCUCUCCCCGGGGCUGGGGUACCUGGAGCAGGUGUGCAGGAUGCUGGAGGAGAUCGCCAGGCUGCAGCUGAGAAACCGGGAGCUGCAGAGAGAGAGCCAGAGAGCCCAGAACCGACAGGAUGCUCACGGCUGCCAGUGUCUCUCCGUUCCUCCCGAAAAUCCUGUUGGUGUCAGACACAGCCCGGACACCGAGGGGUCUGAAGGUCAAUCCAGCCAGCCAUCCCAAGCAGCCCAACGUCUGCCCCCCCACAUUAGACAAAGGUCUAUGUCUGACAUUUCGGAGUUCCCCAGAAGUAAGGGGGAGGUGGAGAGACAGUGCAGCUGGAAGGAGACGGUGAUGCGGGAUGAGUGUGACGGCCAUUUCCCUUCAGCGCAGCAGCAGCAGCAGGGCAGGAUUCAGCUGGUCCUAAAGCCGGAGACAGACCAGGCCGCCGCCGUACAGGAGCCGCUCAGGAAAUCGGCGAUUCCCGCUGGAAAAAAUGUACCAAAGAAGAUUGGAUUGAUCUUCAGGAAAAUGGCGAAGAACAAGUCUACCAGCUGAACUGGAUUUUUAUUGCAUUAAUCUUAGUGUGCCAGAGCACUGUUGUCUUCAGCUGCCUGACAGUGGUGCACUCCAAGUUCUUAAUGCUCAAAUCAAGGACGCUGGAACUGGUCCCACAGCAUUUAUCCCAAACGGUUAUGGCUCCAUUACACUUACUAGAACCUGUUAAAGAGUUUUUAACCUUUAUUUAUGCACAGAGGUUGUGUACAGCUGAGACGUCUGAAGCCUUUUAGCUUCACAAAAGAAAAUGAAGGAUAUAAAGGUGCAAUGAUUUCUUCUUCAAGAAAUAAUCUUGAAAUUAUGUUAGAAUCCAUUUAAAAUAACUAUGUCUCCACCUACUUAGGACGACGAUGUAUUAUAAUGGGUAAGGAACCUGGUCUUGUAACAUGAAGGUCACAGGAUCGAUUCCCAAGUAGGGCACUGCCAUUGUACGCUUGAGCAAGGUACUUAACCUGCAUUGCUUCAGUAUAUAACCAGCUGUAUAAAUGGAUGCAAUGUAAAAGCUAUGUACAAAAAAAGUUGUGUAAGUCGCUCAGGAUAAGAGUGUUUGCUAAAUGCCUCUAAUGUGAUGUACACAGGACAUCUGUACAGUUAUUGAGAAUAAGCUCCUUUUUGCUGCUGAAUUCCUGGAAUACUUCAAAUGAUCUGCAUGAGAUUGUAUUGGACCUGAGCUGAGCCCUAUGUCUGCCAGCUCCCCAGCGUGAUGUCACAAUGGGCUCUGACAUCAGCAGGAAUGAGAGGGUUUAAUUGGUCGAGAUGCAGGUCUCACUGCACGCCAGUGAAUCCCACUGGCCAAUCAGAAGUCCAGAAGUCUGCCUGUUCAGCUUCAUAUUAAGUGUCUUCCUCUGACUCAUGUCUGUGUGAGUGAGUCUGACUGGCACACAGAGCUGUGAUUAGAAGCGAUGGGGGACAGCACUAGCUUAUCUAUGCUAUCUGCAGUAUACACACGAUUGGACAUUAUACAUUUUUUAAAUCAUCUAUAAAUUAUUUAUUUGAGAUGAAAUUGCUAAUUGUAAUUACAUGUUUUUUGCCUUCAUCAAUAUGCCAAUUGUAUUAUUGUUAUUGAAGUGAAUUAAAAUAUUUUCACAAUGAAA